GUGAAGAUCACACAACUUCAAAUAUUUGUUAGGCUCGAAAUAUCAAUCGUCUUCGACCAUGUUAGACAAAACGUUAUGGGAACAAUUUUUAGAUGUAGUAGAACCUCAUCUACCGGAAUAUCUCCACUGGAAUGAAAUAUGUUGGACGUUCGUUUUUUACCUGGCCGAGGCAAGACGCCAUAUUCAUCGAUGGUGCCGAGGAAUGGAAGCAUGGGAGAUUGUUGUCAAUACAGUGACCUACUGCUUCUUUGUUUGGCUUGCCUUGGAAAUUCUACGCUGGGUGAUUGGAUGGGCAUUCUUCAGAGAAAAAAGUCUGAUAGAGAGAGUAAAGAAAGGAUUUUUUCGAACGUUGAGAAGAUUGCCAUUUAUAAAAGAUAAGAUAGCCAAUGAAAUGAAUAAAACUGUGGAAGAAAUGGGCAAAACAGUAUUUCCUGUGAAGCCAGGAGAGACCUUUCAUACAAGACUACCAGCCAAAGGAAUGAAAGAGAAAGAUCUAAUGAAGGAAAUUGAAAAUUACACAAAGCUUGGUGAAGUGAAAUGGGAGGAAGGACGUGUUUCUGGAGCAAUUUAUUGUGGAGGAAAAGAACUCACAGAAGUGCUAACAAAGGUCUAUUCAAAAUUCACUUGGGCCAAUCCACUCCAUGUGGAUAUCUUUCCUGAUGUGCGGAAGAUGGAAGCAGAAGUUGUUCAGAUGUGUGUCAAUAUGUACCAUGGAGGGAAGGAUGCAUGUGGAACUAUGACCAGUGGAGGAACUGAGAGUAUAUUGAUGGCAUGUAAGGCAUAUCGUGACUGGGCAAGUGACCGUGGAAUAACACACCCAGAAAUUGUGGCACCUAUAAGUAUUCAUGCAGCAUUUGACAAGGCAGCUCACUAUUUCAAUAUUAAGCUUGUUCAUGUUCCUGUUGAUGAGAAAACAAGGAAAGUUAACAUCAAGGCCAUGCGGAGAGCAAUAACAAAGAAUACCAUUCUACUUUGUGGCUCAGCACCUCAGUUUCCUCAUGGUGUUAUGGAUCCAAUUGAAGAAAUAGCCAAACUUGCCAAAAAGUAUAAUCUUGGUUGUCAUGUAGAUGCCUGCCUUGGUGGUUUUCUGAUACCAUUCAUGAAAAAAGCUGGGUUUAGUCUUCCUCCAUUUGAUUUUUCUGUAGAUGGAGUUACAAGUAUAUCCUGUGAUACACACAAGUAUGGAUUCUCACCCAAAGGAUCUUCAGUUAUCAUGUACAGCAACAAGCAUCUCAGGCAUUUUCAGUAUUUUGUUGCACCUGAUUGGCAAGGAGGAAUUUAUGCCUGUCCAUCAAUACCUGGCAGUCGACCUGGUGCAAUCAUAGCAGCGACAUGGGCUACAAUGAUUUACUAUGGAGAGUCUGGUUAUGUUGAGAGCACAAGAAAAAUUAUAUCAACAAGAAAGAAAAUUGAGGAUGGCUUGCGAAAGAUCAAAGGUAUUUUUGUUCUUGGAAAACCUGAAGUGAGUGUGGUGGCGUUUGCUUCACAUGAUUUUGAUGUUUACCACCUGGGCGAUGCUCUCACCAAGAAAGGCUGGCAUCUAAACACCCUUCAGUUCCCUUCAAGUAUUCAUAUUUGUGUGACAGCUUUGAACACACAGCCAGGUGUGGCUGAUCAGUUUAUUAAGGACGUCAGAGAAUGUACCGCUGCACUUUUGAAAGAUCCUGCAGCAAAAUCAAGCGGCAUGUCUGCCAUCUAUGGUAUGUCCCAGAGCAUUCCGGAUAGAUCCAUUGUUAAUGAAAUAGCGUGGGGCUUCUUGGACUGUAUGUACAAUGUCAAUCACGAACCAGCUCAUGAGAAUGGAGUCGUCAAGCAUUAAUUUUGUUUUUGGUACGAAGUAAUAAGGUGCAAGUCACACAAUUGAUUCGUUAAUUUACCUCCACGCCCGAGGUGUCACGCAACCUUUCGUCCAACUCUUUUUCGACGGAAGCGUGGCGUGACAUUCCAAAGUUCGGCUACGCAGGGCCUCUCUGUCUCUUUAUGUAUUGGAAAAGAUGGAACGCUUUUUCAGUCGUGUACCUUUGUAUUUAUCGGGUAAAUUAGAUAGAGUCUAUUUUCUACGGCUUUGAUUGGGAUCAACAAUUUCUGGAAGAAAGCGAUUUUUCGUUACAUCUGAUGGACUAGUGAGUCAACGAUCGUGAAAUAGACACAACAUGAUAUAACGUUUCAGCGGUAGCCUUUUGGGUACCAAGGGCCUUUUGAUUCAUGGUACUGACCCAUAGAAACCUAACUUUGAGAACAAGAUAUUACUAAUAUAUUGAUCAUUCCUGGGUGAAAAAAGAAUAAAUGAGUAUAACUUAGCAGCUAGAAUUAUUUUAAAGAAACACCCUAGAAGAAAUGCACCUAUAAUCUUAUUACAUUGACCUAUUAACUUACUUAUUAUUGGCCCUGAUUUUCUUUAAUAAGGGCGACAGGAAGGGAACUUAAACCAUUAGCCUAAGGAGCAGGCAUUAAUUUAUAAAGCGUGGUUACAUUAAUAUAAGCUAGAGGAAAAAAGGUUUUUGAUAAUAUUAUUUACCUAUUUCAGUGCAAACUAUAAAGGCUAUAGAAUUGUCAGUUGCAUCACGGGGCGCCAACCAUCAGCUAGGAUUUGCUGGCCAGGUCGGCUCAUUCUCAUGAAGAAUUAGAGAGCCUACGUAUCGGGUGCUCCAUGCAACCGCGUGCGAGUGACUUAGACUGUCACGCGAGAUAGAGAAAUGAUCGCUCGAUUUUCGUUUUUCUGUGUUUGGUUGUUCGUUUUUAAUACAUAACAUAUCGAAUACUUUCUUAUGGAUAGGAAGCAAAACAACCAAGGGUAUCACAUAUUUCAAGUGUUUUUUACGGUCGAUCCACCCUUCGUUGUAUUUACUCAGGCAGGUCCUAGGGUAUCAAAUACGCAUGCGUCGCAGGCCUGGAUACAUUCCGGUUAAAACUCAAGGGAGCCUUUUCAUUUUAAAUUUUUAAUGAAUUAAUGUAGGAAUGCGGGGAUUUUUUUGGAGUUUGAUUAAUUAAUGAUUAUCUAGAAAUUAGAUUUAAUAUAGAUUUGAUUAGAUUUGUUCCUGUGUUCACGCUAGGCUGGAGCAUGUUUAAUUUGAUCAGAAAAAGCUAGAUUGAACACGAUAGACCUGAGAAACGACGAUCGGAAAAUAUUCUCUUUUUGUUGGUUUCGAGCCCAACAAUUUGAAGAAAAUAUCGAGAUGACAAAGAACAGGAUUUUCAAAUCAAUCUUUCCUAGGGUGCGGCAUUGUUGCCUUCUUAUCAUAUUUGAGGCGCAGCUGGUUCUUUGCUCAUCCACAGGUUGAAGUAGCUUUUAUUUUGAGAUAAGGGAAAAAAUAAAGGGUUAGACUUGGGGACGCGAAAAUUUUUCAUGAUUACGCCAAACAUGUUUCAGUUCUAAAGUGAACACACCAUAAUGAGUUAAGUUUCGUUAAAACUCGUUUCUGUCAACUCAUCAUAAUUGUAGUCAUUGUUUAUCUUCACUUUUCCUCUUAAUAUUCAGUCCUGCUCAGACAAUUACAACAUGAACCGUUGCUUGUUGCUUUUUUGGAUGUAUUCAGACUCUUAGCAAGUCGCCAAUUGGGGUUUAGUUGUUAAGAAGAGGGUGGAAUCCAGUGGAUUAAGGCGCGUGGGGACUCACGGGAAGAACAUGGCGGCCGAGUACGAGUCUUAACCCAUUAACUGCCAAGAUUUUAUUGUUAAUUCUCCACUGUUGAUACUGGAUGCUUUCUUGUAAAUGAGUUGUGAGAAUUUGGUGUUAGAUCAAGACAAAAACUUCUCUCUCAUUAGUUUGUAUAUUCAUAGUACCUGUUUGUUGGAUAAUGUAUGAAUAUUUUAGGGAAAAGUUACAUGUUAGUCUCUUCUGGGAGUUAAAGGGUUAACCGCGUUUUGUCGUUUUUGUUUCACCAUCUAUUUUGCCAACAUUAUAUUCUUAUUCGUAUCCGUUUAUAUUGUAGCAGUGAAAUGUAAUUGAUUUAGCUAAUAUGAGUGGUUUUUGUGUUCUCAGCAAUAAAGUUGUUGAUUUGUCAUUCUCA